AUGCCCCCAGCUGGGGUUGAUAUGGGAUUUGGUGCCCGCAGCAUCGCUGCCUACGCAGAGGCCAUGCGAGUGCCCAACAUGCUGCCCCCUGUCCUGCUAGACGUUUCGCAGGGCUGGGAGAUGUGGGGGGGCACCCAGCCCGCCACCCUUGACCUCCUCGUCAGCAUCAACAUGAUGCACAUCGCGGAGCUGUGCUGCACUGAGGGCCUGUUCAAGGGUGCUGGGGUGCUACUGAAGCCUGGAGGCGUGCUCUUCACCUAUGGUCCCUAUGCAGUGGAUGGCCGGAUCAGCCCCCAGAGCAACGUGGACUUCGACCGCAGCCUGAGGCAGAGCAAUCCCGCCUGGGGCCUUCGAGACACGGCGCUCCUGCGGGAGCUGGCCCAGGCCAACGGGAUGCGGCUGGAGAGGAUGGUGGACAUGCCAGCCAACAACAAGAGCCUCAUCUUCCGCAAGCAGUAA